GGCUGGGAGGAGGGGAGCUCACCAGAUGUGUCGCCUAUGUUGAGCUGUUAUCAACAAAUUUUGCCAUGUCUAGCCCUGUGGACAGCUGAAUACAUAUAACACACAGGCAUUCUACAGUCUCCAGGGAAGGUUCUCACAUAUAUAUAUUCAUAUUUCUUUUUUUUCUUAUUUAUGAAUAUUUUCUUUGAUUUACCAAAAAUCCAAUCUAUACCUGCCUCUUCUUAGACUUUUUUCUUAGUUAGCUACAUUCUUUAAAUUCUUAGUGUUCUGUCCUCUAUUUUAUACUGUAUUUUAUAUUAUUUUAUCCUUAAGGCAUUCAUUCACAUAUUUAGUCUAUCAAUGCUUGUUAACUGGGCAGCCUAUAGGCACUUAUCUUUUAGUAGUUGUAGGGAUAACAUGGUAAUGACACAGGUAUGUCUUCAUUUAAAGGGCUUUCAUUCUCUUACAAGGAAAAAGACAAAAAGCAAAUAUCUAGUGGUAGGAUGAGAAACACAAAUUUUGUUUGCCAGAAGGAGAGAAUGAAAAAAUGACAUGUUCUUUUAAGAAAGGUUGUAAAAGAAGGAAUUUUAGAGACCUACAAAUUAUUUUUCUUGGGUUACCUUAAUUUUGACAUGAAGAAUUUCCCCAUUUACCUUAUAAUAUAUAGGGGGAUGUAAAGUACAGAAUAGGCAGUGUGCAUCAGUGUUAAACCAGUUUAUAGAUCAUGAGCUUAAAGAUAGUGUUUCUGUUUAUUUUUAAAACUUUUCUUUUUGUUUUGCUUGAAAAGCAGAGAAACAGAGCAAAUGAGACAGAGGAAUAGACCAGUCCCCACAUAGCAGCAGCAGCCAGAGCUGGACCAGGUCAAUGCCAUGAGUCCAGAACUCAAUUUGGCUCUCCCACAAGGGUGGCAGGGAAGCAAGCACUCGAGCCAUCAUCUUUUACCUUCCAGUGAGUGCUUUAGCAAGAAGCUAGAUUGGAAGCAGAGGAGCCAGGAUUCAAACCAGGCAUUCCAAAAUGGGAUGCAGGUAUCCCAACUGGUGACUAAUGUGGUACAGACUACAAAGUAAGCCAUAUAUUAUAAAAGAUGUGUGUAAAACACAGAGAGGCAUGCACUCCCACUCUUCCUGUUUUAUGAUUCUGAGCUGAAAUCCUGAACACAAAUGUGCUGUUGCAGGCAUUUGUGUCCUUUGAGGAUGUGGCUGUGUCCUUCACCUGGGAGGAGUGAAGGAUACCUCUUUGUCAAAUGCUUGUCCCUUAAUCUAGUAUUUAAAAUCUUAUGAUAUUUUCUGGGAAGUUCAGAAGAAUAUGAUGAAAGAGAUCCAGGAAUGAAGUUUGUAUAAUGCAGCAUCAAAAAUGUUGAUGCUAAGAAGGAUCCAGCAUAAGACCUUAGAAAAUCUUAGAAAAGUCCAGGUCCUAGACUUGGGAGCUGAACCAGGAGACUCUGGGUCUCAGCACCAAGUAAACCAAUAGAUUCAGGUUGAAGGUCUCCCAUUUCUUUGGGAGCAUAUUUUGAAGUUAACAUUCUCCAGUUCUCUUUUAUAAAAUCAUUCUAAAAAACAGACUGAGUGGUCUGUGACAGCAGGUGACAAUGGGAAUGCCAACACAGAAAAUAGGAGCCUUCAAAAACCAGUGAAUUUUCAAGUAAGAGUAUGUGUACAAGGAAAUGAGUGGAGAAUCUCAAAGCUAUUAAUCAUAGAAGGAGCCAGAAAAAGUUUUCAAAGAUGACAGUCUCAGAAUGGGUUGCAGAACCAGAUCCUUUAGAGCUGUAGAGAGGAUAUGCUCGGGGUGGUGGGCUGAAGCUUCCCUGUAUCUCCUAAGAUUUGGAAAAGCAAAACAUGUCAGCUUUGUUUAGGAAUAUGACGGAUGCUGCCUUAAUGAAGUGUGGGUAUGAAAAGAUUAUGUGUUGGAAAAAACCCCACAGAUGGCUGCAGCCCUUCCCUGGGGAAGAGCGGAAGUACAUGAACAAAGGCUCAGGUCCUGUCCUAAGCCUUUUUCUGUCUAGGUGGCACGUAGGGCUCUCCUGCACCCACAGGUUCUGAUCACAGCAACCUUGCUGUCUCCAGUGCUGAAAGAAGAGCAAGGACAAGCACAAAACGCAGCUAUUAUGCAAAAAAUAUAGGGAAACAAUGGAGAAAGUGGCUGAUGAAACGUUGUCAGCCUAAUAUUAGAGCUAGACAGCAGGUGAAUAUUCUAACCGAUUUCCCAUUAGAUAAAAAGUAAAAUAAGACAUCAAAAAGCAUCCAUAUUUUCACAUUUGAGAAUCUACUAAUAUAAUUUAUUGUAUUAAUUCACUGAGGAAUAAAACCAUGUUCUGUCAUAAAUGAAUACCUCUUAUUAAUGUUUAAACAUUUUAUGUUACUAUGAUAGGAGGACACUUUUUUGGAUUUGUUCAUCUGAAAGACAAAAGUUGUCCAGCAAAUAGAUGACCAGAUUGGGACAAGCCAGGAAAUUCAAGACAUGAUUCUGUGGCAAGUUCUAGUCGCAAACAGCAGCAGAUCAACCAAGGAGAGGGUUGAGUUAGGAGAAACACUUAAUUUAAAUUCCAGUCAUAUGUCCAAACUGAUAAUGAAGGAUGGAAAUUAUGCAGGAAUAGGGCCCGAGGAAUAUAAUGAUUGUCAGAGCACGCUUCUCCUUGGUAAGCCUGAUGGUGUGUGUGCUGGGGAGAAAUCCGAUAUCCCUAUUGUACCUUGGAAGUCCCUCAGUUACUGUGAGUAUCCUAGUCAGCAUCAGAACAUUCAGACAUUCCCAGAUAUUUUUGAACACAAUGUACAGAGGAACACCUUUGACAGGGAGGCAAUGUUUUUUACACAUAAACCAGAUCUUAUAGUAAAUCAGAGGACACAUACAGGAAAAAGUACCUGUGCAUGUAGUGAUUGUGAGAAAUCUUUUAGCUGUGAAUCAAACUUUACUGUCCAGGAGAGAAUUCACACAGGGGGAAAGUCCUAUUGGUGUAAUGAAUGUGGGAAAACAUUUUGCCGAAAGUCAAACCUCCACCGACAUCAGAGAACUCACACAGGGGAAAAAAACAAUGAAUGCAAUAAAUGUGGAAGAAGCUUUUACCAGAAGUCAGACCUUAUCAUACAUCAGAGAAUUCACACAGGGGAAAAGCCCUAUGAAUGUAAUGACUGUGGGAAAACCUUUUGCCGGAAGUCCAGCCUCAGGACACAUCAAAGACUUCAUACAGGUGAGAAAUUGUAUGAAUGUGAAGAAUGUGGGAAAACUUUCUUCUACAAGUCAUCUCUCUCUCAACAUCAGAGAACUCUGUAUCAAUGUAAAAAGUGUGAGAAAGCAUUCUACCACUGGUCUCUAUUCUGUAGGCAUCAGCAGACUCACACAGGGGGGAAACCCUAUAAAUGUAAUGAAUGUGGAAAAACUUUCUGCAGGAAGGCAAACCUCAGCAUGCACCAGCAGACUCACACUGGGGAGAAGCCGUACCAGUGCAACGAAUGUGGGAAAACAUUCUUCAGGAAAACAAGCCUCAGCAGACAUCAGCAGACUCACACAGGGGAGAAACCCUAUGAAUGUAAUGCAUGUGGAAAAGCCUUUUAUCUGAAGUCCAAUCUCCUUAUCCAUCACAGAACUCACACAGAGGGAAAAGCUUAUCCAUGUAAUGAAUGUGGGAAGUCCUUUUACCAGAAGUCAUACCUGAUUAUACACCAGAGAAGUCACACAGGGGAGAAACCGUAUGGGUGUAAUGAAUGUGGAAAAGCCUUCUCUCGGAAGUCAGGUCUCGUCAGGCAUGAGAAAAUUCAAACAGUGGGAAAAUCCUAUGAGUGUAAUGAGUGUGCCAAAACCUUUUGCCACAAGUCAAAUCUCAGGAUACAUCAAAGAAUUCAUGCAGGUAAGAAAAUAUAUGAAUGUAAAGAAUGUGGAAAAGGGUUUUGCCAGAAGUCCCAUCUCAACAAGCAUCAGAAUCUUCAUAGGAAUGGGGCAGAUAUUGUGACACAGGAUGUUAAGCUGCCACUUGGAAUGCCUGCAUCCCAUAUCAAUGAACUAGUUGAAGUCCCAGAUACCCCACUUAUAAUCCAGCUUCCUCCUGCUGCGCAUGGGGAGGCAGCAGAGGAUGUCCCAAUUACUUGGGUCCCUGCCACCCACAUGGAAGACUCAGAUGGAGUUCCAGGCUCCUGGCUUCAGUCUGGUUCAGCCUUGGCUGUUGCAGGCAUUUGGGGAGUAAACCAGCAGAUGGAAGAUCUCUCUCUUUCUCUGUCUCUCCCUGUCCCUGUCAGCUUGCCUUUCAAAUAAGUAUAUAUAUAUAUCUUUUUGAAAAAAUAUUCCAGAAGAGAAUGUAAUAAGUAUUGAAAAACCUUUUCUCAUAAGUCAAAUCUCAACUAAUUGUCAGCUAAGUAACACAGAGGAGGUACUCUGAGUUUAAUGAAUUUGGAAAAACCUAUCAGAAAUGACACCUCCACAAGUCUAAGUGAAGUCAUGUGAGAAGGUGUGAUCCUGUAUAGAGACUGUGUGGUCCUCCGUGUAUACUCUACUCUUGGACUUAGACCCUGCAUUUUCAGCCUCCCCUUAUUAGUAACUGAUCCCUGUUUUAUGUAGGUAUUUUAGAAACAAGUAAGCAGUCUGCAUUUGAAAUCUCAUCUUCAUCAUUUACUAAGUUAUUACUUGGAGAUACUGAGUCUGGCUGCCCAUUACUGCUUCCACUGCUAGUAGACAUCAGCUGUGUGAGCAGGACUGCGUCACAUGGCUCCUGUGUGUCAGCCACGAUGCUCCUUUGCCAGCCCUGCAUGAGUGCUUUGUUCUGCACAGGGAGUGACUCUCUAAUGACUUUUGUGAUCCUGAUAAUCACUGACUUGUUUGUGCAUGAGCCUGGAGCUGCUUAACACUAGUAGGAGUCUGUUUAUCAGGCCAGACAGAGGCUGCGAGCCAAGUUUCAUCAUGACCUGAAGUAUGGGCUGUCUUCAUGUGGUCAAUUUUUGUGCCGCCAUUUUUUUCUUUUGUUUCUUUGUUUCUCUUAUAUUCUGUUGACGUGGGUUACACUGUAAUUGCAACCUGACUUGACUCAUUUAUCUGACCAGUGUGAUACUUUUUGAUUUCACUGAACUGUUUGCAGACAUUUAUAUAUAAAUAAAAUAAGGACAAAUGUUGCAGCAGCUUUGUGUUCUUAAUACCUUUUUUUCUUU